UUCUCUUUCCAGUUAAUCCGAGUGGUUACCAGCUCAGUUAAAGUACAAGGUGUCCUGGCAUAUGCCUGUGUGGUGCUCUUUUACUUUGGGCUGAUAACGCUGAAAGUCUUGAACAGUAUUGUAUUGCUUGGUAAGUCCUGCCAGUAUGUAAAGGAGGCCAAAAUGGAAGACAAGCUGUUCCAGCCACCUCCCGCAGCUACGCCAGGGAAACCGCCAAGAAAGGCUCAGAGCAAAUCCAAAACAAAUCAAGGAGUCCCCACAGAUGAAGCCAACAGUUCGUCAGUCACCAGCCAGCCAACACGUCAGAAUUCCACCGCGCCACUGCUUGUACAGAGUAACCCCGACCAGUUCCUGACUACGCCAGAUGGAGAAGAGAAGGACAUUACAGAGGAUGGCACAGAGCUAAAACACAGAUCGGAUGACAAAGACCUACUUGACAUUGACAGGUUCACCAUCUGUGGGAACAGAAUUGACUAAAAGCUUUUCUCCGUUAAAUUUGCGGAGCGGAAAGGCACUUGCUGGACUUGGCACUUAGAUAUUUAUUUUUGAAUUUUACUUUAAAUUAUUUUCCACAGCAAAGUCAGUCCCCUUCCAGCAAGCCGGCAUGCUUUGGAGCUGGUUAAAGCCGAUCUGACAAGAUGAGGUUUGUUUGUGAAUUUUGCUUGCAAGCUUUGCCGAAGAGACGAAAGCCGGAAGAGCUACGCUUUGCAGAGCUGAGCUUUGUAAAUGGUUUUCUUUUCACCUCCAGGGUCCUGAUUUUAAAGUAUAAACUAUUGGCCAGUCUUGAUAAAAUUCCGCAUCCGCCAUUGCCAGCUAUUGUAAAACAGGUUAAUCAACUAGGCCAAGAUCAAAUGCCUUAACAAUUUCCUGGAAACAAAACCCACGGUACACUGGGAAUAGAUCCCUUCCGAAAAAAUCCUCAGUCUAGUGUGAUUCAGUUAUACAACAACUCGCCAACUUAUUCACAUUGUAGAUUGUUUGUAUUUUAGAAGCCAUUAACGUAAGUAGUACCACAUUCGUUCAUGUAUAUAGUUAUAUAUAAAGUUUAUUUUCCAGGAUAAAAAAUUGUAUUUUAACAGGUUCUAGGAAACCAACAAGUCUCAUUCACUGGGAUGCAUAGCUCAUAUGAGACUCAUUGGCAUGGACACAGACCAGUGUGGUGUCUGUCAGUCUGUCAGCAUUAGUCAUGUGACCCCUCCAUUAUUUUUUUAUAUACAUCAGGUAUUCCAAAACCCUUUGCUAGAGCGGACAUUUUCCCAAGAUAUAAUAAAAUAAUAAUAUAUAUAUCACUGCAAUUUUUUGUGCUGCAUGCAAAGAACAUUUAACUGCCAUCUUUCUAAUGGAUGAUCUGCAAGUGGAGCUGAAGGCAGAAGAAAAACUGUGAAAACGACAUAUCUUAGGUAAUCGGGGACAUGGAAAUUAAG